CUACUAUCAAAGUCAUAAUGAGCAAAAUUGUAAUAAUUCACGAAAAAAAUGAUUAUGGUCUUAAUUGAAGGUUAGCAGUGUGGUUAAGGUUAGGUUUCAAAUCAGAUUCUAAAAUGAUAAAGCGGUAGAAAUGGACGGGGUUUGUGAUUUUGUGGCUGUAGUAACUAGUGACGACCAGCAUGCGGACCUGUGUUUAGACCAACAAGUGUACGCACACUAAUAGCAGUGUUCUUGGAUAUUGGACCGUUGGCUUUUAUACUUGUCGAAUUCUCAGCGCAGCUCAAGCAAUUUCUCCAACUGUCAACACCUUCAAAUUAACAUUGGACGUGUACCCGAGACGCGUUGGUUGGGAGAAUCAUCCUAUGAUGAAGAGUAUGACAGUCGUGGUGGUGGGUGGAGGUGUGGUUGGCUUCUCCACAGCUGUGUGCAUCGCUGAGGCCCUCCCCUACUGCUCUGUGACCCUCAUAGCUGACAGGUUUACCCCAGACACCACCAGCGACGUGGCUGCUGGGAUCCUGAUUUGCUCACCGUUCCCAGAUAUCCCUCUGGAACAGCAGCAGAGGUGGUUCAAGGAGACGAUUGAUCACCUGCUGGCUAUUGCCCAAUCAGAACAGGCAUCAGAGGCUGGGGUGUUGCUCAGCUCAGGAUGGCAAAUACACAAGGAGCUGCCUGUGGAUAAGGUGCCAUUCUGGUCUGCAUUUGUGCUGGGUUUCCGAAUCAUGACAGACCGUGAACUGAAACGGUUUCCUGAGCACAAGUUUGGCCAGGCGUUCACCACAGUGAAAUGUGAAUGUUCCAACUACCUGCCAUGGAUGGAGAAGAGGUUUAGAAAAGCAGGAGGCCAGGUUGUGAAGCAGAAAGUAAACGACCUCCAGGAACUAAGCAGCCAGGGAUACGACGUCAUCGUCAACUGCUCCGGUCUGGGCGCCAAGUCUCUAGUAGGGGACUCUCAGGUCUACCCUGUCAGGGGGCAGGUCCUCAAAGUCCAGGCCCCUUGGCUCCAACACUUCAUCCGGGAUGGGGAAGGGCAGUCAUAUAUCUACCCAGGGAUGCACAGCGUGACAUUGGGCGGCACCAGGCAAGUGGACGACUGGCGCCUGGAGGUUGACCCAGAGGACAGCCAGGGCAUCCUGGAGCGCUGUAGCAGCCUGGAGCCGUCCCUGAGCAGGGCCAGGGUCCUCGGGGAGUCUGUGGGGCUGAGACCCAGUAGGAAGAACGUCCGGGUGGAGAGAGAGAUGGUCCUCCUGGGGAGCCGACAGGUACCGGUGGUGCAUAACUAUGGCCAUGGGGGCUGGGGGGUCACUCUGAGCUGGGGCACAGCCCUGGAAGCACUGGGGCUGGUCAGGAAGUGUCUCCAUGAGAGGCCCCCCAGGGCCAGGCUGUGAACACUACACAGAUACUCUGCCAUAGAAAUUAUUUUGGAAUAACUUUGAUAUAAUUACUUGAUCUGCACUGUUUUUUUCACACAACUAGUGGUACCUGCUGCCAUUGCACAUUCAUGAAAUUAAAGAAAGCAAUGCGAUUUUGCUCACUUGAUAUGAUGCAAAUUAUUUUAUGAAAUCUCCACAGUGAAAAGUUAUUUGAAUUGUCAUCUGAAUGUUAUGGAAGAUACCAAGAUGAAUGACAUUGACUUUUCUGUUUUAGAAAAAGCGGCAAAACCCCAGAGAGAAGGAUAUUUCAGACAAGACAUUGUUAAUGGCUGAGGUAGAAUAGUUAAAGUUACAGGGACUUGACAUUUCACUAAGUAUUGUCUUAUGUUCAGAUUUAAUAAAUUCUAACUUCACAGAAAAAUAAAAA